AUGCCGACGAGAAGCAACCGUUUUAGCAGGAUCAUUGUUUUACGACUGUUUACACUACUCUUUUUUGCAAUGGUUAAGGAAUCGGAUCAAAUUCCUACAAACUCUCCCUCUGAAUGUCAACGGAAAUGUGCCGAUGUAGCCCGGACAAAUACUUCUACCCAAGAGGUACGUUGAAUUUAUUCGUUUUUGGUAGAUGAAAGCCUUAUGAUCUGAUGUGCCAUCUUUUAAUGCGACUGCAUUUUUUGACACAUUCCUUUUCUUGUAAGAAAAAAUUCAAACUGCAAGUUAUGCUCAAUAUCCUUACGUGUAAUUAUUUUCGUCAUGCGAAGCAUUUCGGAUAAAACCGACCAAAAAAUCAUAACAUUUAGGUUUUUAUUAGAUUUUUGGACAGAUAAAAUUCAAUCAUAUUGGAAAAUUAGGGAAACGUGUGUACAACUUAAGUUUAGAACAUUUGAACAGCAUACUUUGUAAUUGUAGAACAUUAAGCCGUCAAAGAGCCCAGUGUUUCGUAGUUAAGAUGAUGUUGAAUUUGAUAAAUACUGCAACACAUUUUCCCAUUUUCUAAGAAAGCAGCGAUUAACAUAAAAGAUCUGAUUUAGAAAAUAUGAUUAGCACAGAACGUCCGAAGCAGACAAGCGGGUUCAUGUUUACAUACAUAUACAAAUGCAAUAUCACUCCUUAUCUGCCUACCUGAUACAAGGUGUCUAUAACAACUAGUAGACGUUUAUGACAGGCAUGAUAUUCUUCCUAGUUAUUCCUCUACCAACCUAAAUUUGUUUAAAAUGAGAACUCAGGGCUUUUACAGCUGUAGAGAAAUGGUAAAAUCUUUUGUCUACUGAUGAGGGUCCCUAAAAACACAAACUAACCAACACUUAUGAGCGUUUGGAUAAGCACUUAAAACCUUUCGCCGGACUUCGAUUAAGUUCUUGCAAAGUGCUACCUUAGUAUUGAAUUUAGCUCUCUCAUUUUUCUGGGAACCUGUAUAUUAUAAUUGGACAUCUUUGCGUUACAUGAAACGAAGACAACUCAGGAGAUAGACUGAUAUAACCAACCUAAAAUUAUUGCACCAUUACCAUACAUCAGUUGUAUUUUGUCUUAAACUAAUUUCAGAUAAGAGUUUUUGUUACUUGUGUGAGAUUUCGGAAACAAAGUAGAAUUUAAUGGGUCUCGGGAGUACUUAAAAUUAUCGCACCAUACAACAGACGAGUUUGUUUUUGGUCUUAUGUUGAUUGCAGAUGAAUUUUUGCUGCUUGCGUGAGAUUUUCGAAAACUAAGUGAAAUUUAAUGGCAUACUCAGUCAGCCCCUUAUUGCGGCUGACAACCCUCGGAAAGCCGUCAAAAAUAUAGGAAUGAGCGCAAGACCUGACUGAAAUGCGCAUACAAUAUUACUGAUCAAUUAGCAAAGCAAAUCGUGACUUUGUGUUUUGCUGACAUGAAUACUCAGGUUUACUAAAAAUGCAAAUUUACUUUUCGGAAAUAAGUAAAAACAGAGUAAAUGCAUUGUAUACAGUUGCUCGGUUUCGGUCAGUUUAAUCAACUAGUGGCCUUGUCUUAUACUUUAAAGCGAAAAAUCUCCAAAUCUUUUUGCAAAAACCUGAAAAACAAACAACAUCAGAGGUUUCCGGUUGAACGGCGUCGCCAAGAAGGAUUUUAUCUAGACACAGAAGUUAAGUUAGGCCAUAUAUUUGACUCUGGAAGCUGAGUGAGAGAACUAAUAAUCAAAUCUAAGACAAAAAAUACUAUCAAAUGAGAGAAAAAACUUGCAGUGGAAUGAAGAACAUCAACUAUUAAAACAAAGCUAUAGUUAGCAGGAAAAGGAAAGGGAAAUAAUUCACUACGUCACCUCAUUCUAGAAAACCACUAAUUUUUUAUCAAAUCAGGCGAAAGCAUUAUGACCUUUUCUUAUUACAAAUCAGUUCUGAUUUAACUUUAUUUUUAUUAUCACGGCACGUUUGUACAGAUGUACUGUUAACCAGCUCUGGAGAUGGCGACUUGUAGAUAAAUAAAGUGUAAGAUGAUUGAUUGUUAUACAUUUUUUCUCCUCCCACGCAGUUGUGUUUACGCGGAUGCUUGAACAGGAAAACAGGUGAUUAUUGCCACGAAUUCCUUCACCUUGUGUCUUCGAUGUUGAAACUUAUUUUUAUUUACUUAUUGAUUUAUACAAUAUUUCAGUGAUCGACCGAUCCCCUUCACCCGGAGAGAAUAUCCUUCCACCUACAGGUAAACAUUUUAAGAGAAUUCCAAGGGCUCGAUACCCUGGGUACCAGAGUUUUUUUCUCUGUCUCGGAAUGCUUCGGUGUCGGCCACAAUGCCGACGCAUCUUCGGGCAAAGGCCGAAUCAACGAGUGGCUAUGAAGACUUAGGACCUAAAUCGGAAACCACGUACGCUUGAAUUAAAGUCUCUAUAACCCAGGGUAAGGGCUUGUACGAUUACGAAAAUUUCACUUACUUAAAAUUCUGUUUUUCCAUGUUGCCAGUUUUUAUUCAUGAAGCUUAUACAGAGACAAUAUAGUUCAUUUUCUUAGUGAUCUUAAACGCCCUUAGCCCCAAUAUAUAAGCUCAUAGCGAACUCACAGUAUCAUUUUAACAUGUUAGACUGUCCAGAUUCCACGAAAGACCAGUCAGUUUUAGACUGGACUCCUAGUAGGAUUUUUGCAAGCUUUGGACAAUAUGAAAACUCAAGCUCCUGGUACGUGAAUAUGUCUUGGAGUCCCAUGAACGGUAAGACUUUCCUUAUUUGCAGAAUCCCUUUUGAAAAGUAAUUUAACUACAAUUUUAAUAAUUAAAAGUAAAAUAUAAACUAAGAUUCCUCCUUGACUCUCAUCAACACACCGCAAAGCGAAGAACGACCAACAUAGACAAGCCUUUGUAACCACCUGAAAUCACAGUUAAGCCGUUCUCACGUAUUACGAUAACCAACCCUUUUCCAUUAUACUUUCGAUUCUUAAGUUAAAGAGUUACAAGUGUGGUUUCCGACUUUCCGAGCACAACACCAAUUAUCAUUUUCUUAAAAAAAACUUACAGCAAAACUCCUUCCGCAAGCUAAUUAAUUAGGCGAAGGAAAGUCUAGAACCUGAUGUAGUGUCAAAUUAACUAAGACCUUAAUGGAGAAUGGAGGAUAUUAGGUCUACUCUGGGACCUUUAUAAGUCGACGUGCCUAAUUAAAUGGCGACUUAAGGAUAUCAUUAUUAUUAUUAUUAUUAUUAUUAUUAUUAUUAUUAUUAUUAUUAUUAUGGUAUUAUUUUGCUUCUGGAUAAUAUGUAAUAGUAAUGAAAUAUUAGUCAGAUAGAUUAUAAGUUUUCCUUAGUCCAAAAAUUACAAUAAAACUAGCUGACUGAUUGUCUGCACCUUCUUCUGCAAUGACUCGUAGAAUUUGCGAUUAAACUCUUUAGUUCUAGUUUUACCCUCAGGCAACCGAAGUGAAGGAUCAAUUAAACUGAUAUUUCACUACAAGUUGAUACCUUGGCCCUUUUUUCGAUUUUAUGUUUAAUGUUUAGACACCAUUGGAAACCGGACUGGCAUCUUGGUUCGUAUGGUUAUCACAUCGUCUAAGGAUGGAAAUCCGGUCCCUACAAACUGUUUUGUUUUUCCACCGGUAAGAAUGGAUGUGUUAUUACGCCAGUCUAGCGUCGAUUACAAUAAGUCAAACUCUUUGAAAGGUCAAAUAAAGACAGAUAUUAAAACGGGGUCUAGCCGUCCUUAUCUGCAUUAUAAUUAUUAAUAAUUAAGUGAAUUAUUAUUUCAACACUGUUUACUGCAGAAAAUUCGAGAAGGCAUAUAGCACAGACUGUAAUAAUAAAAAAUAUAUAUCUCUCUAUAUCUACUUAAACGGCUCAGUUAUAUCUCAAACAGGGCGACUGGGAGGUCUAACAUAAAGCGUCUCUCAGCAAGUCUCCGAUUCUUUUUAAUGACCAGUCGUUUUUUGUCAAUUGUGCCGGUAAUGACUGAAAACUUGUCAUUGCCUUUCAUCUGUUCCGUGAUACAGAUUUCAGGGUCGGCCGGGGGGGGGGGGGGGGGGGGUGGUUAUCUUAAAAAAAAUCCACCAAAGAACCCAAAAACAAACAAAAACAACCCAAAAACAACAAAAAGAAACAUUUUAACUUAAAAUUAAACAAAACGAAAAAUACAAACAUGUGGGGGGGGGGGGGGGGGGGGGGGGGGGGGGGGGUAGUGGUAUACCUGAAAAAAAUUCGCCAAAAUACCCAAAAUUCAUCCAAAUAUACCCAAAAUUAUACCAAGGUAUACUUUAUACCUGAAAUUCAAAGAAAGUGAUAUACCGAAUACCUGUAUUUAAGCUGCAAUAUACCGUAUACCCAAUUUAAAAAAGCCCCUGUAUACUGUAUACCCAAAAACCCUGGCCGACCCUGAGAUUUAGCCAGGGCUAAUGAGCUCUCUAUAAUAUUCAUAAUAAUGCUAAGCGGCGGGAAACGAGACCGGUGAAAAAACAACAAUCGGUCUAAUUAGUAAUUUGUUUGCACGACUACAACGUGAAACUUCCAGAAACUUCCUGGUUACACGUUUUAUGGAGGAAAUGUCGUACGUGUUCUUGUUCAGUUUUUGUCACUGCCGCUCAUUUUUACCUUGGUGGCCGCUAGCAUUUCUUAAUUUUCCACCGCCGCUACAAAAUUUUUAUGUUGUUCUUCCAACAAAAAACGUCUCGUUUGGCCUUUUAUCGCUCGUUCUAGCUGUAUGUCGCUCUUUUUCUCGUUGAGCUUCGCUGGCCUGUUGCCUUCUUUAUCUUUUUUCUGUCUCUCUCUUUCUCUCUAUUUAAAAUUUGUAGACAUGACAAUUGACCUAAGCUUAUACUCAGACAACACUUAAACAGAAACAAUUUCCCCUUUCCGUUUUCGUUUUUAUUUACUCUUUAGUUGUCUCUGCUUUACACAAGACGCGGGUGGCUAUGCGAUUUCCCGCCAAAAUAACCUCAAGUUACCAUACGUGUUUGUUAUAUUCCUAGACUUUCACUCGACUAAAUAGGGGCUGUCAUUGGUUGAUCCUUGGCCACGUGGCCUAAAAUCAAAUGUAUCCCGAUUGUGAUACAUAAGGCAAUGUACCCCGCUCGGGAUAUAUUACAGCACGUGAUCAAAGCGUGGUGGAAAGUGGCGUGACAGAAGGCGGGAAAAACACAGUUUUCUUUUUCGUGCAUUUACACAACUACUCCACAACAACUGAAACAUUAAACCGCAAGCUAAAAAGCAACGAUUUUCAAAGUUAUCCCGGAAGACAAACAGCAGCUAGUGGAGGAAAAAGAUGCAGAUAAUGAUAAGGAAAGUACUUUGUAAAACAUUCAUUCAGUGGUCUUGAGAAUUUUAUUUGUGUUCUUAUAAGUACCGAGUCGACUGUUUUGAUUCGCUCCGUUUUAAACUUAUAUUCUGUUAUGGCUGUUGAAGUGAAAGUCUAGAAAUAUAACAAAACACUUAAUGUCAGGUCCCUCGGGAAACCAGUUAGUUUUGUUUUCCCUCCAGUCCUGAUGUUUUCCGAGACGAAGUCGAGGGAAACAUCAGGACUCUCGGGAAAACAAAACUAACUGUUUCCCUCUGGAUCUGACAUUAAGUGUAUAAUGUUGAUUGAGUUAUUUUACAUUGGUAUGCCCGUGGUGCCGACGUACGGUCGGUCGGUCGGGCGGGCGUAAGGUCACGCGACUACCAAAUUUUCUCGGAUGCAUAGGUUACCAAAUUUUCUUACCCCUGGAUCUCCGCUGCGUGCGAGAGCUCCGCUAUAACCCUUUGGUUGCCUCUGUUCAACUGUUGCUUAGCGUUGUAGAAUAACCGCUUCCAAACAGGCAGCAACAGAAAAACAUGCAUUUUCACUUUUAAGGUCAAAUUAACUUAGGAAGAAAAUCUUCUUCUUCCAUUGUUAAGGCACAUUUCACAAUGUAUGAUGUUCUCUUUUAUUUCUUGUAGAACCAAACAUUUCUCAGAGUGAACAUCUCUUCAUUUGGCUACCAAUAUCCAGGCUAUAUUUUCGUAAACGUAAGUAUAUCAAGUGUACUUGAUAUGAAAAUUGGCUACUUGUUAUCACAUUGCAAUAACAAGUAGGCGAUUUUCAUUUCACUUGUGACAAGUGUUAAUGACCAUGAACAGGGACUAAAGCUAUGCCAAAUAACUUUUAUUUCCUACUGUAUGUUUAGAUUCUUGCCCUCCCAUAUCGUGCAGACAUUUCAGAUGCUCGAGUGAUGUUUCCACCAAACCUGCGUAAGUGUAGCACUUUAAGUUAUUUUAAACAUUAAUUCUGCAUUGGAAAUUUUUUCAACAAGGAGCUUAUUUAAGCAAACACCAUAGCAAUAUUGUUUAUAGGAAACUUAAAAUACCAAGAGAAAGGCAUGGAUAGCUUUUGGUAAAUGAUUUCAGAGUUUUGCCGGUUCCUUCUUUCCUUCUUUAUCGUUAUGCGACUGAAUGGGAUUUUGAAUUUUCUUUUCUUUUUUUCCCGUCAUUUAAAAAACUUGAAUAGGUUUUUUUUCUUUUAAAUUUUUACGUUGUAGCUUCCUUAUGACACCUUAUGUGUUUUGUCACCUAUCGCUUCAGUCCAUCUCGCAAAUCAACUUGAAUGGAGUAAGGUGAAAUUUGAAACAAGAUUUUCCCGACGCUCAAAUAUGCAAGCAAAUUGAAAUUGAAAUUCAUUCCCGUUUAUUACAAAGUUUAUUUCAAUCGCGGAUACUUAAAGACAUUCUUGAUAUAUUAUUUUUUCCUGCGAUAGUGUUAACCGAUCAAACAAAUAUAUAAGCAACUGCCAUAAGAUGAUUUACUCAACAAUGUCUACCUUCAAAAGCCAUCAUUAAAAGAUGGAAUCGGUCUACGCCUAAUAUAAUUGUGCUAAAUUUAGUCACUUCGAAAUCAGUUAUUCAUUUCAAUUUUUUUCGUUUUCUAGCAACGCUCAAAGCCACCACGACAGCAGGUAAAGUAAACGAGGACACUUUCUUCAUAACAAUGCGCUCCUGACUGUUUUUUUCUUUUAAUACGGCUUGUUCAUUAUCGUUAAUAUAUGUAUCUAUUUUCCUUUGCAAAACCAACCGUAAGAACUAUAGCUUUUGGUAAAUGAUUUCAGAGUUUUGCUGGUUCCUUCCUUCCUUCCUUCUUCAUUGUUAUGUGACUGAAUGGGAUUCUGAAUUUUCUUUUCUUUUUUUCCCGUCAUUUAAGAAACUUGAAUAGGUUUUUUUUUCUUUUAAAUUUUUACGUUGUAGCUUCCUUAUGACACCUUAUGUGUUUUGCUACCUAUCGCUUAAGUCCAUCUCGCAAAUCAACUUGAAUGGAGUAACAAGAUUCUCCCGACGCUCAAAUAUGCACGCAAAUUGAAAUUUAAAUUCAUUCCCGUUUAUUACAAAGUUCAUUUCGAGACGCGGAUACUCAAAACAUUCUUGGUAUAUUAUUUUUUCCUGUGAUAGUGUUAACCGAUCAAACAAAUAUAUAAGCAACUGCCAUAAGAUGAUUUACUCAAUAAUGUCUACCUUCAAAAGCCAUCAACAAAAGGAGGAAUCGGUCUACGCCUAAUAUAAUUGUGCUAAAUUAAGUCACUUCGAAAUCAGUUAUUUAUUUCAAUUUCUUUCGUUUUCUAGCAACCCUCAAACCCACUACGACAGCAGGUAAAGUAAACGAGGACACUUUCUUCAUAACAAUGCGCCCCUGAAAGUUUUUUUCUUUUAAUACGGCUUGUUCAUUAUCGUUAAUAUAUGUUUCUAUUUUCCCUUGCAGCGCCUUCAAAACCUCCUAAGACCAAAGGUAAAACAAUGAAACCGUAAGAACUAUAGCUUUUGGUAAAUGAUUUCAGAGUUUUGCUGGUUUCUUCUUUCCUUCUUCAUCGUUAUGUGACUGAAUGGGAUUUUGAAUUUUCUUUUCUUUUUUUCCCGUCAUCUAAAAAACUUGCAUAGGUUUUUUUUUCUUUCUUUUAAAUUUUUACGUUGUAGCUUCCUUAUGACAGACACCUUAUGUGUUUUGCCAGCUAUCGCUUCAGUCCAUCUCGCAAAUCAACUUGAAUGGAGUAAGGUGAAAUUUGAAACAAGAUUUUCCCGACGGUCAAAUAUGCACGCAAAUUGAAAUUUAAAUUCAUUCCCGUUUAUUGCAAAGUUCAUUUCGAGACGCGGAUACUUAAAGACAUUCUUGGUAUAUUAUUUUUUCCUGUGAUAGUGUUAACCGAUCAAACAAAUAUAUAAGCAACUGCCAUGAGAUGAUUUAUUCAAUAAUGUCCACCUUCAAAAGCCAUCAGCAAAAUGAGGAAUCGGUCUACGCCUAAUAAUUUAGUCACUUCGAAAUCAGUAAUUCAUUUCAAUUUCUUUCGUUUUCUAGGAACGCUCAAACCCACCACGACAGCAGGUAAAGUAAACGAGGACACUUUCUUCAUAACAUUGUGUUCCUGACUGUUUUUUAAUACGGCUUGUUCAUGAUCGUUAAUAUAUGUAUCUAUUUUCUUUUGCAGCGCCUUCAAAAGGUCAAACAAACAGUAAGAACUAUUUCUUUAAAACACUGUACCGCAACUUAAAUAUGCUUUCCGAAAUACGAUAAUUUCUUUACGUUUAUUUUUACGACUACAUCAAGAAAAAUACAUGUAAGAUGACCCUUUCUAAAGUUACGUUCAUGUUAUACCGGAUAGCAGAUUGCGCCGGUACGAAAAGCGAUCCCGUAUCAGUGUGGACAUCGCUUAAAUGUCUGAACAGGGCGUAUAGUAUAAUGUUUUUCUAUAAUGUUUCUUCGACCUGUUGCAAAGUAAAUGACCUCUUCCCUUCUUCAAUGGUUAAUGUAAAACACUGCGUUGAAACAGUUCUUUUACAGAAGAUAAGUUUUCCAAACAAUUAUGCCGUUGAAACACUGAUUGUGUUAAAAAAGCGGUAAGGGAAGUUACUCAGUGACCUCCUUAAUUUAACUGAUACGACCUCAAUUCCGUCUUUCUAGGGUGCAACAACGAAUAUGGGGAGCUUGUGUGGUACCCAGAUAAGAUUAAAGCAAAGCCUUUUUUAGGAGAUAAUAACACCAUUUCCUAUGUGAACAUAUCGUGGUCGCCAUUAACAGGUAUGAUUGACUCAGACUGUUAUUACCAUAGCCAGCACUUGGAGAUAGGCAAAAAAGUGCCACAAACGUUUUGUACCUUUUUUGCCUCCAGUAUCCAUCCAUUUUAAAUUUCCAAAUUUCCCCCAUCUCCUUCCCUACCAUGAAGUACCAUACGAGUGACAGUUGAGCCAAGAUGUGGUCAAACCUAUCCAUCAAUAAGUUCUUCGAUGGUUCUACAAUAAAGAACAAAAGGAAUCGAAUUAGUGAUACACUAGGGACAGAAAUCUAGGCUAAUGGCCAGAAUGAUUUUCCCUGAACUUCACCCUGUUCAAAAUGUUAUGCUACCACAUUUUCUGUCCUCCAACGGUCUGGGAAGUAUGGCAUGGUAUACGUAUUUUUUUUAGUAAAAUUCAACUAGUGGUCUAUUAUCAAUGCUGCGUUCUGAUUGGUUGAGCUACUACUAGGCUAUAUGAUAUAGCCCACUAGUAGCGAAAAGGGCCGCAAAACAAUGUCUUUUGCAUCGCGUUUUGCUAGCUAAAGUUGUUUCGUCUCGAUAUUUUUGACCAACUAGUUGGAUUUUACUAAUUAAAUAUAAUUAUUUCUCUCGCCCUCAUGGCCUCUGAGUCAAUAGCCUAUUCGGCCUUCGGCCUUCAGCCUCAUGGGCUAUUGACUCAGAGCCCAUUCGGGCUCGAGGAAUAAUUGUUAAAUAUCUAGUGAUAGUUAUCGCAAAAAUCUUACUCAGCAUUUUCAAUUACCAUCCUACAGAUCCCACGGUCACGUGGAAGGGUUACAUGAUUUCCCUCUUCAUCGGUGACAUCGGUGCACCGGGUUCUUCCCCUGGCAUGAGAUGUUUCCUUUUACCAAAGGUAUAACUAUAUCAUAUGUGUCAAGAAAAGGGAUUUAAUAUGUUUACGUGCCGGCCAAUCUAUUUCAUUAUCUGGCUUGGAAGGAAAAGCCACUAGUUAAACUGUUUGCAGUUCCCCUUUUACCGUGAAAUGGACGAGAUCGAGAGCUUGCUGUAACGGGCGGCCAUGUUGGUUUAAUAUGCACCAAGGGGGUGGGCAUCGGGGCCUGCUGAUAUAGAGUAGAUAUGAUACUCUUUUCCCAGAUCACACUUACAAUCAAACCAAAAUGGCUGCCCGUUUUAGUAAGCGAUCUUACUGAAAAAUAGGGUAGCGUGAGCUCUCUAAUAAUAUGUCGACAGCUUUCAACACACGGUUCUUGCUGAAUGUGCCAGCACCGCAACACAGGCAACAAAAGCAAAAGCAAAAACAAACAUGGAAACAAAUAACACAAAACCAAAAAAACAGCAAGUAACAUACCAAACAAACACCAGGAACCAAGCAUUAUAUCAAACCACGCUGCGGGUUUUUGUUGACAUGGUAAAGGGCUUGACCGCAAAGCAAAGGUUCGUAUGAAAAAAGGGCCUUACGCCAGUCACGUGACUCCAAUGGUCACUUGGGAGUCUCUUCGGGAGAUUCUACUGCCUGGCUCCAUUAUUGCUUUUGCUUUAUCAUAAUCUAUAUCGGUACAUGCAGCAAGGCACCACAACACUGAGUUAGAUCCGCAAUGACAGGUGUUACAAACGACAGCCGUGAAAAGUACAUCGCUGAAUUCUCUUGGAAAGCGGUGAUAAUCAUUCUGAACUUUCCCAAUUUUAUAUAAACUUGACGUUUCCUAUGCUAGUUCAUUUUCAAAAGUGACCAAAAGCGACCGUUACAGAAAUAUUGUGACAAAACUAUUUAUACAAAAUUGAUACGGGGGCUGGAAAUAAGAUUAAGAAAAUAAUCACUGUUUGUGUUUUAUUUUUGAUUAAGCUGCGAUGGCCCACUAACAAAUCUUUAUAAUCUGUCUUUUAAUUUUUCUUGCUAAGAACCAAACGCACUUCAUUGUGGACUCUUCUAGUGGCUGGAAACAUCCAUGCUCAUCAAUAUCUGUCAAUGUAAGUGACAUAAAGUAACGUAAAUAUAUCUGCCAGAGUUAGGGCCUGUUAACAUGGCCGUGGUGGGACCCCAGGUAGGUGAGGUAAACCGCUUAGGUGGGGUAACCCGGUUGUCCAUAUAAUCUCUCAUUUUAAUUUGAACAAGUUCGCAUUAUGGUAGGGUGACCCGCCACAUGUUACCAAACCUACCUGGGGUCGUGCACCUCCAUGUAAACAGGCCCUUACACAAAACAAACUGUUACAUAAAUAUUUAAAAUAAACUUUUUUUUUACAAACUAAACUUGUUAAUGGCCAUUCAGACUAUCAGAAAGGCUUUUACGCGAAACAAACUCAAAACAUUCCUUUUCUGUUGUAUUCAUGGAAAUCACAAACCUAACUGCUAAUAUGGAUGUUGGGAGAACUCUCAAAAAGCUUGUAAAUCACUCGCCUUCGACUCGCGAUUUACAAGCUUUUCUCGUGUUCUCCCAACAUCCCGCGUGGGUUAUCACGCCAGUAAACCUAUAGAAAGUGUGGUCUAUUGCUUAAAUACACAGAAUGAGCUAGGCAGCUGUGACAAAGCCCCUUUAAUGGACAUGUGAUUAUGUACAAGUGCAAGACGCACAAUGGAAGAGCGUUUUCAACAAUAUGAGAGCUGGGUGGUCUGUUGACAAAUGAAUUGGCUUUUUCAUUUCAUCCUUUUUAAGGUAACGGCAUAUCCUCGUCCGAGAUUUGAAGUAGCCGAUUUGAGAAACAUUUUUCCAUCGAAGCCAUGUGGACCUCCAGGUAUAUACUACGAAACUUUUACUUUAUCUUCACAAUCUACUCAUUUUUAACCUCCAUCUCCUAUAACUCUGCCCCUUCCCUACUACCACAAAGUUAGAAUCAGAAUGGUCGUACAAAAAAGCAUCCUCAUUAGGACAACGUUGAUUGCCAAUUGGCAUUCAAAAGGAUCAAUGAUUGGAUAUAUGAACAAAAUCUUUACAGAGGUAGGAGUGGAUUUAGGAAAACGAGAUCGUUUUCCGUUUACGCGAGCUUAAAAGCGUUUUUCUAGGGGGAGGGACGGCUUACGCGUCCCCGAAGUUUAUUAUGAUUACAUAAGUUCAUUUUUUUAACUAGAUAAGUCAAAUCUGAAACAAUUAACUACAUGCAAAAAUAAUAUUUUUUGUUUUGUUGCUUUUGUUUGGUAUCCACAAGUUCAACUAGCAAGUAGUCUAACGAACGCUAUGAUAAGUUAAUGAUAGAGGAUUGAUAAAUUUAUUGACUAAAUGCAAAAAAAUAAACUGGAUAUGAAAACGUUUUCACCAAUUUCACUCCACUGAUUGAAGCGGGUCUAUCUCCUUCUUUUUUUAAUAGUGACUCCAUCGGUGUCCAAAGAGCAAACUGGUAAGUUUUCUUGCAAACUUCGUAUGACACACGAUUAUAUAACAAGGGUUUGAUAAGCCUUUCGGUGUGAAACAGUCUGGGUUAACAAAAACCAAGUUGUUCCAGACGUCACGUCUGAAACAGCUUGGGUUUUGUUAACCCAGACUGGAGUCCAGUCCCGCUCACUUCUCUUUGCACAGUUCUCAAUAUCUGAACAGUGGGGAAAUGCUAUCGUUAACCCUAUUUAGACUUGGGUUGGGGGACUUUGAGGCCUACCCCUAGCUUAAAGUUGAAGAGCUUCAAAACUCACGAACGCCAAACUCGCUUACAUUUCUAAAUAUAUUUUCCACUCAUCUGGAAACUUAGCGAACUUGCGGUUUCUAAGCUUUGAGAAGGGCGAAGCAUGUCAAUCAAUCUUAAUUAUGAUGCGUGGCAAAAUUGGCUCAAGUAAACAUGAAGUAAAAAAGAUAGGAUGUGUGUGAAGCUUUCUUUUACUUGAAGAAUUUAAAAUUUACUUGUCUUGAAAUAUUUCUUAGGUUAUUUAGGCUCUAGUGUAAAGACUACCAUUAUCAUCAAGUCGUCGUAAUGUGUACUUCAACAUUAACGUUGCCAUGUCAACCUUCUUUCGAUCGCCGUGUACUGCAAAAUCUUCGUUUUCACAAAAAAAGCCGCUAUAUUUCUAGAUUUCCUGAUUGAGAUAUUAACUUACACUUUUUUUAGCACUAGUUUUUCAAAUUUAUUAUAACUGAAUGUCAUUCAGGUUUUAAAGGUACUAAUUUGAACUGUUUCUAAUAGUGUUUUGUCGCUUUUGCUUUAUAGUGCCCACUGUAAGGGUAUCUACAAAUUCAGCUGGUAAGUAGUCUAACGGACGCUAUGUUAAAUUAAUGAAAAAGGAUUGAUAAAUUUAUUUACUAAAUGCGAGACAAUAAAUUGGAUAUGCAAUCAUUUUCCCAAAUUUAUUGUAACUAAAUGUCAUUCCGGCUUUUAGUCAGUUCAACGUUGUUUAUUUCCCAUGGAAUUUCAUUGCUCAGGAAGUCAGAUUUCUUUUGCUUCUGAACAUCCGUUGAUACAAACGUCGGGGUUUUAUUUUUCUCACAUGCCUUGAUUUAAGGAUUUUAAGCAACAUAAAUACAUCGCGAUACAUUUAAAUUGGUUCAAAAUGACAGAUCCAAGAUGACGGAUAUGUGGAUUUAUUAGAAAUUAUAUCAUCAAUACUUCACUACUUUUGUCAAGGAUAAGAAGUGCAAGUUAAACUGGACUUGGAUACUGAAAAUGAUGAUAUCAUUUUGUGUAAAUUUAGUGGCUGUAUCAGUAGAAGUUUAAAAAUUAUGGAGAGAGGCUCAGAUGCCCCCCACCCCUAGAAAUCUUUAAAGGCAUUUAAUUGGAACUGAUCAUAACAAUGAGCGAGACACAUAAAUCAGGAACCAGUACUAAAACAUUGAAAACCCAGUAAAAUGCAAAAGAAGGAAUAUACCGAUGAAGACUGAAAAACGGACUGGAAACUAGUUAGCCUUAAAAGCAGCUUUUCAAAGUACACAUCGCCUUUAAAUUAGUAGAGGGCUCAGAUACGUUUAAAAUAGAUCACGCGGGUUUAUCAUAUCAAUAAAAUUAAGUGGCGUCGAUCUCGUACAUAUGAAACAAGGAAAAUGAGAUUCUAGGCACUCUAACUUUCAGAAGGAAACACAGAGAUCUGAACAAAAGUUAGGCUGGAAAAAUGACACUUAACCUCUCUUUAGGAGCCUCUUAUUCUUUUUGAACUGGUUUACGAGAAAGUUCAUACCAAAAUCACAUUAAGAAUGAAAACCCCUUUCAGAUAAUUGUUUUGGAAAUUGAAAAUUUCCCUUUUUAUCCACAGGGGUAAAACACGACAUUGUUAAAACUGUGUUUUUGUCUGUCGGAGGCUUGGCUGGUGUCUUAAUUGUAGUGGCAGUGAUAUUUUUCUAUCGACGGUGGAAUAGACAAACCUUGAAGGAAACGCCUUGUGAAGGGCCAAAACGUAAGUAACGGUUUAAAGGAGUUGCAUCUGGGACAAAAAUCACCAAUAAUUUAGCAAUAUGACCUCGUUAUUUUCCAUCCCAUCAUCACUUUCUUCGGCCAAAGCCGAGAUACCUUCAAAUAUUUAACCUUCCAUCAAAGAAGUGAACCUUGACAUCAUAGAUAUCAAAAGUCACCGGAAGGUGCCUCGGUUUCUACAGGAGUAUAUUCAAAAAUGCUGUAUUCGAGGAUUAGUAGCUUCCUCUUCGAAAAGGCAGAAUCACUAUUGCCUUAGCUUCUGGAUUCGACCUCUUUCGCACCGCCCUCAAUAUUCCCCAUUGUUUGCCCCACAAAUUUUCCUUAAGCAUUAUUUUCCCUUUCUCUCCAACAAGACUCGACUCUCGGCUUCGCUACUCGCGCAAAGUUAUUAUUGCUGUGCCACCCGCUCCCCGCGUGAACGAUUCCCUAACUUCUUAAUAUCUAGAUCAUUAAUUUUUAUUAAUUUAUUAAUUUAUUUUUAUUUUUAAGGGUUCUCAAAUUACCACCUUCAAUUAAAAAUUUUUCCUUUUUUCAACCAAGAAAUUGCAUUAUUGUAAUUUAUUUUUGUGCUUGUCUAGACUAGUCGUCGUUGUUGUUUUUUUUUAACGCGCUGCUAUUGCUGGUUUUCAGUGACACGCCAUUCAAAAUAGAUCAAAAUAAAAAUCAAAACCGUUCAAUAGAUAAAGUCCGGAAUCUGGGAAAUGAAAGGAGGUAAAUAUACCAAAUUCCUCGCCAAGAUUCAGGCCAGAAGAAUAUCCCGUAUACGAGAUAUCCGAAGAAAUGGUUUGCCCAAAUUUAUAGAGAUUUGUAUGGAGACGCUAUGCUGGUGCCCACCUGGAUGGGCACCAACAUGGCGGACGGAAACCAACAAAAACUUCUGUUACCGAGUUUUGGUACGAGGGCGUGUAUUUAUUCCUCGAGGAACUCAUAAACAAUAAAGUAAUACUUUUUCUAAUCCAUAAACUGUUAAGAUAGCAAAAUUCCCCGAAAUACGUCACUUUUUUAACCUACAUGACAGCUCUCUCGGCCGUCAUGUAAAUGCUGUAACGCAAAAGCCUAGAAAUUCAAGCGUACUCUAUCACAAAAUUAAAAACCCUUUUGAAGCGAAAAUUUGUAUAAAAAUUAGUUUUCAGCUGCUCUAAUACACCAUGAAAGUAAAAUCUCAGUAGGAUCGAUAGUUUUGUUGUUUGAAUUUUAGUGACGUCAUGUGAAAACCAACAAUAACGAUUUAACAAUUUAAUAUAAGUGUACUGUAAGUGCAAGUGGUUUCCCCAGUGAUUGGUGUUACACCAUAAAUCACGGACGGGCAAGCAGUCUUGUCCAAUACAACUUUUCUAUGUAACUUUUUUUACUUCGUUUGUGUUGGUAAUUUAAUCACUCUUUUUAUUCCACAGGUUUCAAAUACCACGCUUUUAUAAUCUACAGUAUGGUUGAUUCACAAUGGGUCGAUACAACCCUUGUUCCAACGCUUGAAAGCUAUGGUUUCAGAUGUUGCAUCCACUGGAAGGACUUUUUACCUGGCAGGGUCUUUGCACAAAGUAUCGUAGAAAGCGUGUACAACAGUUUCAAGAUUAUCGCUGUCGUAUCAAGCCAUUUUAUGAGUAGUAAUGCCUGUGGCUUUGAACUGGAACACGCCAUGACAAGACUCAUGACUAACAGGGACGACUGCUUAAUAGUGAUUAAAUUCGACAAUGCAGGCAUUGAGAGACUACCAGCUCCAAUAUUAGAUAGGAGUUACAUAGACUUUACUCGGAGAACCGAUAGAUCUACAUGGGAGUCCAAGUUAGCAGGAAUCCUUAGUAAAGCUGUUAUUGAAGACGACAGUUGCAGAACGAGCACGACAAGUACUACUGACAAUAACAACAGAUUUUCAGAAGGCAGUUCAACGGCCAGCGAAGACAAAGAUCUCAUUUGUUCGUGCCAAACAGAGUGA